GGAGUUUUACCUCUCUGGUGAAUCCAUGGCUGAGGGCUCCUUCCUCUGCUCUCAGUCCUGCAUCUGCUGCUCAGCUCCGCUCCCACCGCACGAGCCCUCCGUCACUGUGACGAAACAGCGCGAGGGAGCGUGUCACACCAAAGGCCAAAGAAAUGUUUCCGCAACCACAGAAUCCUUCAAUGAAUCGAUUCUUUUCUUUUACAGACAGAAAACCUCCGCAGCGAACCUCUGGAAUGCGUCGUCACCGUUUGUUUCCAGUCGGACCUCAUUCCGAGGUGCACCGACCACUUCCGCCCCAAACAGCAGCAGCUGCUUCACAGCUGGACGCUGCGAUGAUCUACCUGACGAUGAUCGCGCGCGUGGCGGAUGGACUUCCGCUGGCUGCGUCCAUCCAGGAGGACGAGCAGUCAGGCAGAGACCUUCAGCAGUACCAGAGUCAGGCCAAGCAGCUGCUCCGUAAACUGAACGCUCAGAGCCCGGACCGCUGCAUGCUGGAGGCUGGGAACAUGAACUUCUAUUACUUCAUAGCCCAGAAUGUUUGCUGCCUGUGUCUCUGUGACGACUCCUUUCCUAAAAAGAUGGCCUUUGGCUACAUAGAGGAAAUCCACAAGGAAUUUUUCGAGCAGUAUGGCAGGAGAGUACCUGCGGUGACGAGGCCGUACUCCUUCAUAGAGUUUGACACAUACAUCCAGAAAACGAAGAGGUCGUACGUUGACAGCAGGGCCCGGCGGAACCUGAGCAGCAUCAACGCAGAGCUGCAGGACGUCCAGAGAAUCAUGGUGGCUAACAUGGAGGACGUCCUGCAGCGAGGAGAAGCUCUAUCUGCUCUAGACACCAAAGCCAGCAAUCUCUCCAGUCUGGCCAAGAAAUACCGCAGCGACGCCAAGUUCCUGAACACCCGCUCCGCCUACGCUAAAGUGGCUGCUGCUGCGCUCGUCUUCAUCACCUUCAUCAUCUAUGUGCGCUUCUGGUGGCUCUGAUGACAAACACUGAAACUGCUUUACUGAGUGGAGGAACUUUCUCCCGUCUGGCCUGCAGCUUUAGGGUUUCCUCUGUUUUCUCUUCAAUCUUUGGACUUUUCUAUGUAAGGAGACAGAUGUUCUACAGACAGAUGUUUACUGAAGCAGAUGUUUUCACACGGGGGGGGUGGAGCUACUGUUUAAUGAUAGAAAUGGACGGCUCCAUAUUAUACCUGAACACUGUGAGAAUAAGUCUGAACUGUUCUACAGAGACUAGUUUACAAUAAAGCUUUAGAAAUGGAG